CUUUGUUUGAAAUAAUAGUAAUAAACCAUAUUAUAUUUGAAUUCUAUUACGGCGUUUUCAUUUCAUGUUCACGACUCUACCCAAAUCUCGAUUAGAUAUUUUGUAUCUAAUUUGUGUCAGAGAAGAUGGUUGAGAACAGAAUGUUAGUGCUAGUUUGCACAUCUCUAGUGUUUGUACUACUGAUGCUACUGAAUUAUAACCAUGAUGCAGACCAUGGUACUACGAUAACAGUUGUAUCGUCCAACAAAACGGAGAGUGAUCGUAUCUUAACUCCUCAAUCCAACUCAAGCGAUAUUAAGAAUACCGAAUCAACAAAUGACUCUUCUAAAUCGGUGGAUCAGAGUGUUAGAAAUAAUAUAAUCAUCAAAACGGAUCAAUAUGCUCAUCUUGAAAGGUAUUCAGAACUGAACGACAUCCAAAAAGACACACUGGAAAAAUCUCACAAAAUUCUAGCUAAAAUAAGAGAGAACUGUGCAGCACGAAACAUUUCAACCGCUUGGAACCUCUUGGAUAAGUUUUCAAAGCCACGAUUACUCAUAGCAAAGAAAAAGUAUCACAUACUCUAUGGAAGUAAUCCUAAGACUGGCAGUACGAGUUUUAAAAGGUUUCUGUUUUGUAUUGAUGGUAUUACUGAUAAAAGCCACGAUUUUCAUACCAAGCCGGAUGGACAUUAUAUACCGGUUGUGAAAAAACAAUUCUUCAAAGAUAGGACAGAAUUUGACAACUACGUUAAGAUAAUGGCGAUCAGAAACCCAAUAGUUCGAUUAAUAUCAGCAUUUCGAGACAAGCAACUCCGACACAAUAAGUACUUUGUUCCCCCUAAAAAUAUCACAGACACUGAGCACUUUAUUCUAUUUGUUGAACAGAGAAUCAAGUUGGCAAGUCAAUGGGAUCCACAUAUAAUGCCACAGUGGAAGCAAAUGGAUAUCUGCCGUUUCCCGUACGACGUGGUGAUUCAAGUCGAAGAAAUGGGACAGUACAUACCACUGAUACAGAAACUAACAGGAACUGAGAAUGUCGAGUAUCCUGGAUCAAGAGUGGAACAAGGCAAGGAUACCCAUGAUAGCAUGGAGUUUGUUUAUCAAUAUUGGGCCGGUCUAAAUGAGGAACAGAGACAGAUUGUUUUAAAGAUUUAUAAAAGAGAUUUCGAGAUAUUAGGGUACACCAAAUUGGGUGAGGAUGGGUUUCCUUCGUUAAACUUUAAAAGUGAGAUCGAAACAAGUGGAUAGUAUUUUUAACUAGUCAACAUUUCAAGCAUU